AAAAUAAAGAUUUGAAUAACUGUGUGGCUCAGAAUUGAGCCUGACUCUGGUAUGCCUGAGCAUGUGGCUCAACGAUAUUUCAACUCCCUUAUCUGUGGUAUUGAGUACCUGCACAAGAAAGGAGUCAGCCAUAGAGAUAUAAAGCCUGAAAACCUUCUCCUAGAUGAUCAUGAUACUCUUAAAAUAUCAGACUUUGGCAUGGCUACCGUUUUCAGGCAUCAGGGUGUAGAGCGACUAUUGGGUAGAAGAUGUGGAACACUGCCCUAUAUUGCUCCUGAACUACUUGUCAGGAAUGAGUAUAAUGCUGAACCUGCUGAUAUCUGGUCAUGUGGUAUGGUUCUGGUUGCUAUGCUGACUGGAGAACUACCCUGGGAUAAACCUACACCGGAUCAGAAAGAGUAUAUGAACUGGAAGGACCAAAGACUAGAAUUGAAUCCCUGGAAGAAGAUUGACCACCUGCCGCUCUCUCUGCUCAGAAAGGUUCUGAUGCCCCAUCCAUCUAGGAGAUACAAACUUGAGCAGAUUCAGAACCAUGUUUGGUCUAAAAAGAAGUUUAAAGAUGCUGACUCUUCCUUCUCCCGGUCUUUGAGUGGUACUGGAGCAGGGUUAAAGAAACGUCUCUGCUCUGAUCUUGAUCAUCCUGCCGUGGAACCUUGUGUAGCUGCAAGACAAUGCCAGUCCCAACCUCUUCCUACAGGACAAGGAGAAGGUUCCAGCUCUUCUACAAGUCCUCCUAGUGAGGUUUUCCAUGGUUUCACUCAACCUGCCCAAUUGGAUAACCUUCUUCUAUCCACACAAGGAGGGGCAACCCAGGGAUCUCAGAACUCCUUCCAGAGACUAGUGAAGAGAAUGACAAGGUUCUGGGUUAAUACAGAUAAGGAGACUACAGAGAAGGAACUCAGGAAAAGAUUUGAGAAGCAAGGAUACUCGUGUAAGAUGACAACACCUGGUAUUCUCACAGUACAUUGUAUACUGUAUAGACAGGAGGGGGAUGCAUUGGUGUUCAAGGCAACCCUCAUAGAAAUGGAUAAACAAGUUCUAUUGGACUUUAGGCUCUCCAGGGGAGAUGGUAUAGAGUUCAAGAGAAGGUUUACCAACAUCAAGUCCAGCAUGGAGAUGAUCAUUGUUAAAGGUCCAAUCAUGUGGUCUCUGGCAAUUCAUUCUGAUGCCCUUCCAGGGGUCUGAUUUGACCUGCUAGAGUGCUAGGGGUCUAAUGUGACCUCUCGGGGUCUAAUGUGAUCUCUCAGGGCCUAAUGUAACCACUCAGAAUUUAAUUUGACUUCUUUUAAGCAAUUGUCCAAGCGACCCAACUAGAAUUAAUUUUUCAGAAUUUAAACACAGAAUAUGCAUAUAUUCCACUUGAAUAAUGUAUCUGUUAACUAACUGUAUAGAAUAUUGAAUAUAUGAAUAUCAAAUAUCAA